UUGUGCUAUUGUUGUUUUUUUUGUGUUAUGAAUAUUAAUUUAAAAUAAAAUAAACUUGUUUUAAUGUAAUUCAGGUCAUCACAAAUAUAAAUUCAUUUGAAAAUAUCAAAAUUAAAUUUAUUCGAUAUGGCAGCAGAGCAACAAUGGUUUUUAAAAAAAUUAGGUGAUUUAGAAAUUGAAGAUGACAAGAUUGAAAUUUUAACUGAAAUCAAAUCCCGUUUGGAUACCACAACAUCAUUUGAAAUAACUUCAAACUUCUUGACUCAGUCACAGAUAUACGAUUGUGCUUAUGAUAAAUCUGAGGAACAAUCACAAUUAGUUUAUGAUAUCUUGGCUCUAUGUUUAUCUACUCUCGAUAUCAAUAGAACUGAUUUUUCCAAACAUCUCAUAAAAUCAUUAAAACACCGUAACCCAAAAAUACGUGCCCUAGCUUUAGAGGAAAUUUAUAAAAAUUUGUCCAAAAAUAGCGCAAGUGUUGGACUUACUGAUAACUUGAAUCUGGACCAGGAUAUUACAUUAUUGGUUUUGAAGUCUUUAGGAGAUGAUGAAACUGAAGUAGCUGGGCCAGCUAUUAAAAUUUUGUCAAUAAUUUUACGAAAACAAUUGGAAAAUUCCAUUAUAAGAGACGCAUUUAAGUCUAAAUUGGAGGAAAGAGACGUUGUUAAAAUAAGAGUUUACGAAGUUGCAGUAAAUUUAUCAAAAUCGGAUUCUAGUUUGCUAUUUCAACUGCAAGAUAUCCUUGCUAGCAUGCUUAAAGAACUGGAUUCCGACGAUAUUCUAUUUCAAAUGAAUCUAUUAGAAUUAUUAGUGUCCUUAGCGGAACAAAAUCAUGGUUUUUUGUUUUUGGAAGAUAAGAAAAUCUUUGACAAGAUUGCUGCUCGAAUCGAAACUAUUGAACAAGACCCUUUAGUUCAGUUAUUAAUUCCAGGCUUUAUGAAAUUUUUUGGAAAAGUUGCGUUUUACCACCCUAAAAAAAUAUUGGAAGGAUACCCAAAAAUUAUUUCGUAUCUAUUUAGUAGUUUCACUAAUAUUGAUACUAACAUUCUUCCUGUAGCACUUGAUACCAUUGGCAAUAUAGCUUAUCCUGCUGAGGGAAAAAUAAUUUUAGAUGAGAAAUUUCCAGAACAAAUGAAAGAAACUAUGGAAGAAUAUUUAUUUUUAUUGCGAAAUUUACCAACAGAUGUAAAAUGUAGAGUUUUUUCGUCUUUACAAAUGGUUUUUACACAUGAAGAUCCACCUAACAAUAGAAUCGAUUUGAUUACAAAUAAAUGGUGUUCAUCUUUAGUAAAUUCAGAACAUGAUUUGUCAGCAUUGAUGGAAUAUUGUAAAAAUCCCUUUCCUGACAUAAAAAUAUCAUGCUUAACUUUUAUACGUACACUAUGCUCUUAUAGAUGGGGAGUUGAUGCUGUUAAAAAUACUGCAAGUUUAUUAGAAUUUCUUUUAGACAGAAGUGUGGAGUUUGAUAAAAAUGUAAAGUUUAUUAAGUUUGAAGUAAUUUCUGUCCUGGCAGAAACGGAUUUAUUCGACACUUCAACAUUAUUGCAAUUGAAAAAGUAUGUUGCAGAAGGUCCGUACUUUAUAGAACCUGUUAUGGAAAUUGCUGUAGAUUAAAAAAUAUGAAUUAUAAGUUUUUUUUUUAACAUUUUAA